AUGCUGCAGCUGUGUCAGGUCACAGACUCGCUGUUCAUCAGCAAUGCUCGCUCAGCCUGCAGUACCGAACUCAUCCAGAAGGAGGCAGUAACUCUCUGCAUCAACGUGUCCAGGCAGCAGCCCUGUCCUUCAGCCCGGAUCAGCAGCACUCUGCGCGUGCCCGUGUACGACGAUCCCAACGAGGACCUGCACGCGCACUUUGACCGCUGUGCUGACGUCAUACUCGGUGAAGCAGCGCGCGGCGGCCGCACCGUCGUCUACUGUAAAAAUGGCCGCAGUCGCUCGGCUACAAUUUGCAUCGCCUUCCUCAUGAAGCACCAGAACUUACCGCUAACCCAGGCCUACGAGCCUGUGGCGACGGUGGCAAGGAAAAACUCCCUCAGACGACAUGAGGAAGAAACCUCGAGAGGAACCAGACUCAAAAGGGAACCCAUCCUCAUUUGGGCAACAACAGACAGCCUGACUAUAAUAUUAACAGUUUUAACAGGUAUAACCCUCAACUGUCCUCAUGGGGCCGUCCUUCACAGGAGCGGUGCGAUAAAACUCCGACCAGACACAGGGCACCAGGAUGGAUCAAGCAGGUCCGAGGGGCAGAAGAGGCCAGCAUCUCAAUCCCAGGAUCAACAUGUGGUGAAAAGUGCCCGAUCAGUGGUGGAGCCAAACCCGGGCUUUUGGGCUCAGCUGGAGCAAUACGAGCAGGAGCUGAAGAGCAGGAGGUCAGCAAGCAGCAGUUUGAGCAUCUCUCCAUCUUAAAACAAAACAAAAAAACCCUCCAUGUCAAAUCUCCCCUUUAUCUUCUUAUUUGAUGCUUAACGUAGAGAUUAAUCGUGCUGAAUGCUUUCUGAAAACCAUGCAUAGGUGCCUGAACAAGGAUUUUGUUUUGUAAAUUGCACUCCUAACUGUAACAUUAUGCAUGACUUUUUAUUUUAUUUAUUUAUUUUAUUCUCAGGUUUAA